AUGGAGACCAAAAUUGGCAGUAAAAUCAAUUUCCCCAUACAGUAUUUAUUUGCUGAUGGUCUGGCUCUGAGCCCUCACUUGUCCUGUUCUCCUCUUGAAGAGUUGCCAGCGGUGGACAGCAAGCUGGUAGAGAUGCUGGGCCAGGACCUCUUGCCCUGGAUGGACCGGCUCUCCCCGGAGGAGCUGAACCCCAGCAUCUACGUGGGCCUGCGCCUCUCCAGCGUGCAGGCUGAGACCAAAGAGGCCCUCUACCUGCACAACCUCAAGCUCUACUACCAGCAGUGCCUCCUGGAGGCUGGCUCCAGUGAUGGUGAUGAAGACAGGGGCUUCCAGGUUAAACCCUCCAUGGGCCAGCUGGCCUUGUACCUGCUUGCUCUCAGAGCCAACUGCGAGAUUGUUGGGGGCCGUAAGGGAGACAGGCUGGUCUCACAACUCAAGAGAUUCCUAGAGGAUGAGAAGCUGGCCAUUGGGCACAAUCACAAGGGCCACCCCCACACCAGCUACUACCAGUACGGCCUGGCUGUGCUGGCCCUGUGUGUCCACCAGAAGCGGCUCCACGACAGUGUGGUGGGCCAGCUCCUGCACGCUGUAGAGCAAGACUCGCCCCUGGACCAGGGCCACCUCUCUGUGGACACGGCGGCCAUGGCAGGCCUGGCUUUCACCUGUCUAAAACGCUCCCACCUGAACCCUAAGCAGAGAGAACGGAUCAUCCUGGCCAUUGGGAUGGUGCGUGAGAGAGUCCUGCAGGCCCAGACACCUGAGGGCCACUUUGGAAGUAUCUACAGCACCCCGUUGGCACUGCAGUUCCUGAUGACGUCCUCCGUGCCCGGGGUGAGGCUCGGCGCAGUGUGCCACAAGGCGAAGGCUGCCCUGCUGGCCAGCCUGCAGGAUGGAGCCUUCCCGAACACUCUGGUGCUUUCCCAAUUACUGCCCGCGCUGAACCACAAGAGCUACGUGGAUCUCCUCGCCCCAGACUGCCUGGCACCAAGAGCAGCCCUGUUGGAACCGGCCACGGAGACCACUUCAGAGAUCCAAGUUCCAGAGCCCAUCAGGGUCCUGCUGCGGGUCCCCAGCCUCCUGCCACCAUAUCAACACUCCGUCUCUGUCCCUGCUGGCUCCUCCUUGGAGGACGUCCUGAAGAAGGCCCGGGAGCUAGGAGGAUUCACAUAUGGUACACGAGCCUCCUUGUCCGGGCCCUACCUGACCUCCGUGAUGGGCAAAGAGGUUGGGGAACGGGAGUUCUGGCAGAUCGUCCAAGCCCCUGAUACCCCACUGCUGCAAGGCAUUGCUGACUACAGACCCAGGGAUGGAGAGACCAUCGAGUUGAGGCUGGUUAGCUGGUAGCCUCUGGGUUCACUCACCCGGCAAGCACCCAAGCACCCCAGUCUUUUCCCUUCCUCCCACCGCCCCUGUAACAGGCACUGCCUGGCCCUCUGCUGUCUACUGGGCCCUUGGAACAGUGUCCCCUGGAUCCCCCAGCCAUUGCCCCUUGGCGACUCCUAAGCCAACGCUCCUGGAGCAGAGAGCCAAACACCUGUCCCAGAACUUUCUGAACUGAGGUCUGGCACAAUGUGGGCCCCUCAACCAUCCUAGGAAGGUCACCUUGCUCUGAAGGGCAGGAGGAGGCUCAGCUUCCUCUGGUUGCAGGAGUUGCUGGCAGGUGAGCCACUCUGACCCAGUGACCCUGCAGGAGCCCUCUGCAGCUUUGACCCCUGCUCCAUCCAAGCCAGGGUGCCGCCCCAGAGAUGCUGUGGUAUGGAAAGUGACCAGACUCCUAAUGAUUAAAGCAUUGGUUGUGUGCCUA